UAAGGAGAGAUAACAGCUGGAAAAUGGCCACGAGAAACUUAACCGAGCCCUUCGUUUUAAUGCGAAACAACGCUUUGCAGAGCAGACACAUUUACGCCGAACAGAAUCUUACCGAUCGUGUGGCGCUUGUGCACUCGGACUCGAGCGAGUCCGACAAUGUCGAACUGAAGGGUGUUAACGUGGACAGUGAUGCGCCGCCCUCCUGGGCGGACGCCUUGGAAGAAACGCAGUACAUCCUGAGCAGAUUACGGGUGAAGAUAGACAGCCUGGUCGAGCUGCACUCGAAGCAGCUCACCAGGCCCACCCUGGACGAUACAUCUCAGGAGGAGAGACAAAUGGAGCAACUGACGCGAGAGAUCGGACGUUUGUUCUCCAGUGGCUACAGACAAGUACAAACAAUUAAGUCAGCUGGCAGGCACGAAACUAAGCUUGCGGAGCGUCGGUUAGCCACCAGUGCGGUGAUGGCCCAUUCGACUGCCUUACAGGAGUUGGGUCUUCGAUAUAGAGCUGCGCAGAAUCAUUAUUUGACACAGGUGCAAUCGAGAGAGGAGAGGAAUAACCAGUUCUUCGCAGAAGACCAGUCUCUUUUAAAUAAUGUAGCAACCGAUUCCUGGCUGACAGAAUCGAACGAGGCAGCUGGCGAUUAUUGGCAAAGAAAUGAACAAAGGCAGGACUCGGUUUUAUUGCAGUUGGAGGAGCCUGAAGAUAGGAUGAAGUUAGCAGUGGAAAGGGAGGAGCAGAUUGGAAGUAUAGUUCAAAGUAUAGCAGACUUAAAACAUAUUUUUAAGGAUCUCGCAGUGAUGGUACAGGAUCAGGGUACUAUUUUAGAUCGGAUCGAUUACAACAUCGAGCAAACGCAAGUACAAGUACAAGAGGGCUACAAACAAUUGAAGAAAGCCGACUCGUAUCAGAAGGCCAAUAAAAAGCUGUAUUGCAUCGUGGUACUCGCGGCUGCUAUUAUAUUACUUAGCUUCUUGUUCGUCAUAUUUAAGACGUAGAACCAACUAUAAUUAGAAUAAAAAUUAACGUGAAAAUAUUGAUAUAUAUAUAUUUUUCUUUUUCUAAUACUUGUUGGUAUUUAUCACCGUGUUCCAUAAAAUGAAACAUCUUUAUAGAGUUUGUUGUAUAUAAAUGGAUGGAAAGCUAUUUUUUAAAAUAGUACGUGCAGUUUUUCUCAAGUGUUAUUGUCAAGGAAGGAACAAUGUAUUCGUAAAAGAUUAUGACGAAAUGUCUGUUCGGCCCAUCUGUUCGUGGAUUAAUAUGAUAGAAAUAAUCAACUAUGAAUGUGGCAUUAAUCUUUUUAAUCAAUGUUAAUCUUGCUCUGUAUAAAUUACUUUUAAAACAAUCCCCGUAAUAUCGUAAUCCUCAUGAUACCUGCAAUUUUAUUUAGACGAUGCCGCUGUAUUUUAAUUCUUAUAAUGUAUAGCAAGAGUGAUCACAAAGAUAACAGAUUUAUAAUAGAAUAAUUUAUUUAUCUCACUUAACUGUAUAUUUUUGUAUAGCUAUAAAUUAUAAAUUAUUUUUAUUUAUGUGUAAUAUCGUAACGAUAAAAGUGAAAAACAAUGCUGUUUUACUUUUUAUAUCUGUAUUGUAAACUGUUCUGUACAUCCAAUUGUUAAAUGAUCAUUCCAGAAUAAAAUGAUGACUGAUUUAA